UUACUGAUAAGAAAAAUCAAAAAAUUGAAAAAAUUUCAACUUGCGAUCAUCAAUCAAUCUCAUUUUUUGAAAGUGAAUUCACAUGAAAUAAAAUUAUUAGUGAAUUAUAUUUGAUCAACGUUGCUGAAACAAGCUUGGCACGAUCUCGCUAGUCACAUUUUGGUUUCAUCUUCCUCUGCCACUUUGGAUGUUAAUGAAAGCACGUGUGACAUACGAGGAUUAACCGAAUUACAGCACAAGUGGAAGUUCUCGUACAAGUACCUAUAGUUCCAUAUAGUGAGAGGAAUUCUCGAGCAAAAUUAAUGGUUGCCUUUUGAUCGAAUAAUUUUUCAAUAUGCCUGUGCGAUUUCGUUUUUGUGGCGACGACGAAGUGCCUGAUUGGAUUUUGGCCGGUGUUCAUGGAAUCCAUGCAAUUGAUAUUCCAGUGCUUAAGAGUUUGGUGCAGACUGCCAUCGAUACUAUACUUCAUCCUGAUUUCACACAAGUUUAUUUAGUGCAAUUGUACAAUCAAACAACAUUAUGGCAAAUCGAAGUCUAUAACUGUAUUGAAAAUGAUUAUAAAGCCACAUUACCUGUUGACCUACUACAAUAUAAAACCGUUUUGGCUUCGAUUCUGUUCAUCGUGCAAAAUGCUCUAGCUAAUGAUAUCACCGAAUCGACCUUAUCCAAUGAAUUACAGCAGAUCGGUUUCCCUCUCGAGCAAGCUAUCACGUUAUGUAAAAUCUACACGGAAAAUUUGUCAAAAUUGAAAUCCAAAGCUAAACAAUUGAGCUUACGUUGUAGCGUUCCAAAAUCUGUUGAGAUGAUCGAAGACGGCGGUAAUAACAUUUUAAAACUCGAAGCUUGGCAUGCAGAAAGUAAUUCGAAAGAAAGUCAUUCCUUUACAGUUACCAAAGAACAGUUGGAUUUAUUAAUCGAAGAACUUACCAGCGUUUAUAAAAAAAUCGACAGUUUAGUAUGAAAAUUACCGGUAAUUAAAUAAAUAUUGAAAAGACUGAAAUUCCAAAUGAGUAACAAUAUAUUCAAAAAUAUACACAGUUUAUGCGGAAGACAUGAAUCAUAAUACGUACCCAAAAUUUAUGUACUUUUAUAUCAGUAAAUAUUUAUUACAGUUA